AUGGCCCCGCCUCGCGUCGCCCUCGGCGCUCUCUUCGUGCUGCGCGCCGCUCUGGCCGCCGUCUACUUCCAGGAGCAGUUCCUGGAUGGAGAGCACUGGAGGAACCGCUGGGUGCCGUCCACCAAUGACUCGGGUUUCGGGCACUUUCGACUGUCGUCGGGCAAGUUCUACGGCCACAUAGAGAAGGACAAAGGGCUGCAGACCACCCAGGACAGCCGCUUCUACGCCAUCUCGGCGCGCUUCCCGCCCUUCAGCAGCAGGGGCCGCCCUCUGGUGCUGCAGUACACGGUGAAGCACGAGCAGAAAAUGGACUGCGGUGGCGGCUACGUCAAGGUCUUCCCGGCCGGCCUGGACCAGAGGCAGCUCAAUAACAAAUCGCCUUACUACAUCAUGUUUGGACCCGAUAUUUGUGGAUUUGAUAUCACAAAAGUCCACGUUAUUUUGCAAUUCAAGAAUCAGUAUCAUGAGAACAAGAAGUCGAUCAGGUGUAAGGUGGAUGGCUACACACACCUCUACACCCUGGUGCUCAGGCCUGACCUCUCCUAUGAGGUACGCAUCGAUGGGCAGGUGGCCGAGUCAGGGGACAUUGAGUAUGACUGGAACCUGGAGUCGCUGAAAUCAUCGGCCAAGAAGACGGGCACAGAGCAACAGGGCUGGGAGCAGAAGGACUGGGACAAGCAGUUUCUGGAGGCCGGGGCCGGCGCGCCCAGCGACUGGAACAGCAAGUUGGACGGGGAUGUGGAUUUGCAGGCACCGCUGCUGCAGAAACCGCCCUACCAGGAUGGGCUGAAACCUGAGGGCAUUGACAGCAACGUCUGGCUGCAUCGCAAGCCCAAGGACGCCAACUACCUGGCCGAGUCUGACCUCACGGAGUUUGAUGACAUCGGUGCCAUCGGCCUGGAGCUGUGGCAGGUAAGGUCUGGAACCAUCUUCGACAACUUCCUGAUCACAGAUGAUGAAGAAUAUGCCCAGAAGUUCGGCAAGGCCACGUGGGGUGAGACCAAGGGCCCUGAAAAAGAGAUGGACGAGAUCCAGGGGAAAGAGGAGAUGAAGCUGGCCCGGGAGCAGGACGAGGCAGAACUGCCACGGGCCAGGCAUGGCCAGUCCCCCAGGUUCCCAGGGUUCCCUGGGUUUGGCCACAAGAAAGAGCUGUAGCGGCCAGAAAGCAUAAAAGCCACGAUGUCUGUCA